AUGCGUGAUAGAGCUGAAGCUCUACAUAAAAAAAUUAAUGAAAAAUUUAUUGGAACAUUUAAAGGCAUAGAAGAAGAAAAAAAUAUUAAAAUUAAUAAUAAUACAGAAAUAUCAAUUACUAUUUAUACACCAAUUCAUGUUAAUAAAGAUAAAUUGGUCAUAUUUUUUCAUGGUGGAGGAUGGACAGUAAAUAGUCGAAAAACACAUCAAACUAUUGUUAAUAUGCUUGCUGAUGCAACAAAAACUAUAUGGAUUUCAGUUGAAUAUCGUCUUGCACCUGAGCAUAAAUUUCCUAUUUGGCAUGAUGAUGCAUGCGAAGUAAUUCAACAAAUUCUUGCUAAUAAAACUUCUUAUGGUGCUGAUGAAAAUACAAAGAUUGGUGUUGCAGGUGAUAGUGCUGGUGCAUUAAUUGCUGCAUCAAUUUGUCAUACAAUAAAGAAUCUUGAUUUUCAAAUUCUUGUUAGUGGUCAAUUUGAUUUUUUCCAUAAAUUUCCAUCGCGUCAAGAAUUUAAUAAACACAUUUUUGUGAUACCAAUUGAUGUACUUGAUUGGUUUACUUCAAAUGCUUUACGUAAUGAAGAUGAUAAAAAUGAUUCCCGAGUUUCAAUAUUACUUAAUAAAUCAUUCAAUUCAUUACCAACAUGUUUAUUCAUUGUUGCUGAACUUGAUCCAUUACGUGAUGAUAGUUAUAAUUAUCAAGAGUUACUUGAAAAAGCAGGAGUGAAAACAAAACUUGUUUUGAUUAAAGGAGUUAUUCAUCCAUUUUUUAGCAAUCCUGGUGAUGAAGCACGUACAUAUGCUACGUUUAUAUUAGAAAAUUUUCCAGCACCAAAAACUUUCACAUUAGGAGGAAUGCGAGAACGAAGUGAAAAUGUACAUGAAAAAGUUAAUGAAAAAUUUAUUGGAACAUUUAAAGGCAUAGAAGAAGAAAGAAAAAUAAAAAUAGAUGAAAAUAUAGAAAUACCCAUUACAGUUUAUACACCAGCUGAUGUUACAAAAGAUAAAAUGGUCAUAUUUUUUCAUGGUGGAGGUUGGACAUUAGCUAGUCGAAAAACACAUCAAACUAUUGUUAAUAUGCUUGCUGAUGCAACAAAAUCUGUAUGGAUUUCAGUUGAAUAUCGUCUUGCACCUGAACAUAAAUAUCCUAUUUGGCUUGAUGAUGGAUGCGAAGUAACUCGACAAAUUCUUGCUAAUAAAACUUCUUAUGGUGCUGAUGAAAAUACAAAGAUUGGUGUUGCAGGUGAUAGUGCUGGUGGAUUAAUUGCUGCAUCAGUUUGUCAUACAAUAAAGAAACUCGAUUUUCAGAUUCUUGUUUAUGGUGCAUUUGAUUUUGCUGGUGGAACAGAAUCAUAUAAAGAAUUUACGAGUCCAGAACAUGUUUUAACACCUGCAGUAAUUGGCUGGUUUACUUCAAAUGCAUUACGUGAUGAAAAUGAUAAAAAAGAUCCUCGAGCAUCCGUUUUAUUAUAUGAAUCAUUUGAAGGUGUACCAGCAUGUUUAUUUAUUGUUGCUGAACUUGAUCCAUUACGAGAUGAUAGUUAUGCAUAUCAAAAAAAACUUGAAAAAGCUGGAAUUAAAACAAAAUUAGUAUUACUUAAAAAUGUCAUUCAUUCAUUCUUUAGUUUACCAGGAAUUUAUGAAAAAAAUUGUGCACAAACAAUUGAAGCUGUAAAAGAAUUUAUGGAUUCAUUGUAA